AUGCCCUCGAUUACAGCCCUUUCUCCUUAUUAUUUUAAAGCAUUUCAUCUGCUGAAAAAUGAGACAGAGAGAUCGACUAAUUGUACCAGUGGACAUUAUUCUGUACCCUCAACUUGCGCCAAUUCAAACCAUUCUGGGCAACUUCUCUUUCGUUUGGUUUUGCAAUUUCAGACAGCAUAUGCUCAGUACGUAAAAUUGUUAACGUUAUUUAUGAUUGCUGUCAUCCAUGCCGUAUAUAUGAUCCCAUUUUUAAACAUUUUUGCUGCCAUAGCUGCAAAUGAUGUGACUGAUGUAACAACAAACUCUGCUUCCUAUCGCUUACGGCAUCUCAUUGAAACUCUCACCGAUUACAAGAAAAACAUGUGGAUGAUUGUGGGUAGUAUGUGUGUAUCACUAUCUACAUCAUGUUUCAUUCUCAUGCUGAAUGCGUCCUCACGGAAAGCUACUUACGAAAUUAUUGUCCGUGGGAUUGAUCUCUUGGCAUUUGGGACUUUACCAGUUUUUUUGUUUGCAAGAUUUUUGUUGCUAAGUAGUAUUCAUGAGCAGCUUACAGUUGUAUUUAGUGAAAUCCGUAUGAAACACAAUUUCGAACAAUUAAGUACUACACUGGGUUGUUCAUUUACAUCUUACAAACAAGUCCCUCUGUGCACUGAAGUUAUUGAGAAUGCUCUUUUCCCUGCAUAUAUAAUAAAAUUUCUUAUAGUCUUAGCUAUUUUAACCAUUGUUUAUAUACUCCUGGCUUAUUUCAUUGAAUGGUGUUUAAAGCACUGGUUUCCACCUCGAUGUAGCUAUGCAAAACGAACACCUAUCUACGUACCAAUCGUUAUAUCUUCUUGA